CUCUUAAACUUUAUUUUGGCGGCUAGGGUUUUGGAGGCAGCCGACUAACCUAGGGUUAGGGUUUCGAUUUCAUCCAGAUCCAUCAACAACACCAAAACUCUACCCUAAUGGCGGUCUUCUCCUUCUCGGAUCUGCACACCGAAUCCGGCGUCAAAACCCUAGAGGAGCACCUCUCUGGAAAAUCUUUCAUCUCAGGAGAUCAGAUCUCGAAAGAUGAUGUUAAGGUGUUUGGAGCUGUGACUCAAAAGCCCGGAGAGGGAUUUCCCAACGCUGCCAAAUGGUACGACAGCGUGUACUUGGUUCUCGCUGCAAGAUUUCCUGGCCAGGCUGUUGGAGUGAGAUUUGGUGGUCAAGCUGCAGCUCCUGCUCCUACUUCCGAGGCUCCUAAGGAGAAUGCUGGUGAUGAUGAUGAUGAUUUGGAUCUGUUUGGUGAUGAGACAGAGGAGGACAAGAAGGCAGCAGAAGAGCGUGAGGCUGCUAAGAAGGCCUCUUCAAAGAAGAAAGAAAGUGGAAAAUCAUCGGUUCUUCUUGAUGUGAAACCUUGGGACGAUGAAACUGACAUGAAGAAGCUGGAGGAGAUGGUUCGUAGCAUUGAAAUGCCAGGCCUUCUGUGGGGAGCAUCUAAACUUGUGGCUGUUGGUUAUGGCAUAAAGAAGCUGCAGAUCAUGAUGACCAUCAUUGAUGAUCUUGUGUCUGUCGACAGCCUUAUUGAGGAGCGUCUUACAGUUGAACCUGCAAAUGAAUACAUUCAAAGUUGCGACAUUGUAGCUUUCAACAAGAUUUAAACCAUUAUCGGAGUUGGCCAGCAUAUGGGGGAUGGGGGAAACAUUAGCGUCUGAAGUCUUAAAAGUUACCAUAGUCGUUUUGUUUCCAUCCUGAGAUUCGAUUUCAAUGGUUAUCAGUUUUAUGACGAACUUAAGUUACCACAUCCUGAUGGUUUUAAUAUUUAUGAACCUGUUUUUCAAAUGUUGAUUGUUACCCAAGUUACUGAAGAGGGGAUUUGUGUCUGUCUUGAUUGCAUUAUAGGUGGCUCUUCUGAAGCUUUGUGCCGCUCAACAUGGCUCUCAACCUGAACCCAGCAUCUUGUUUCAUUUCAAAAGGUUGUUUAAUUUGCCUGAAAUUCUGAAUUUAGAUAUUCACUUCCUAUUUACAUGUCGAACUCAAAUUUUUGA